UCGAAACAAAAUAUGGAGCGUGUUGGGCAACAUUUUCCAGCCGGAUAAUGUUUUGCUUGCUUGCUUGCUUGCUUCGACAAAGCCCCGCGAUUGAGCUCAUGCAGCUCACGAAUACGAAGACAGAGAGACGGAGAUUGUGUGUGUGUGUGUAUGCUGCUGUUGGAGAAAAUGGGUUCAUGCGGUGCUUAGACUCUUCGCUCAAAUUUACCUGCACAAUAUCAUCCCGUGCUCGCCGUAGCGGAGCUCGUCAAUUGGUGUUUCUAUUCCUCUGUGAUGAGUCUUCACCGUGAUUGCUGAUUUCGAUUUUUUUUCUUGUCGACUAGCAUGUGAUUCCAAUCGCUCGAACUCAAUUUUCUGAAUAAUUGGUUCGAGUUCGUGAGGUUUUACCACCGAGAGCGCAUUCAUUGUUCCGUGUUGAUCCUGAUUCUGAAGCUUUUGUUUGCACUGGUGUCGUGAAGCAUUUUGUUGAGGAUGCGGAGCCAGGAAUGACCUUGAUCGUAUGAGGGUUGACGGGUUUCUCGAAACGUCUCAACAAGGGUGUUAGAGUUUGGUUUAGUCACUUCAGGCAUCAUGAAUUUGUCCAGGCUUUCAUGCCGGGCUGGCGAGGGGAUCGUUCCAUGCCAAUCUCAUGAGCGCUGUGUGCGGAGAACUGAAUUCGUAGGACCUUCUUGCAGAGGGCUAUGUGGGAAUUUUGAGCGAACAAGAUGUAUGGGAUGCAGUUCGCAGAGGAUAAUUGUCGUUAGGAGAGCAUUGAGGUCAAGAAACUCAGUUAGGGUAGGAGCCCUAGAGUGCAGGAGUAGUCUCGAUUCAACUAGUGCAAAUUGCACAAUUCUUGGACAUAAAUUCGGGUUCCAUACAAGUAGAGGAAUAGGACUAACCUUUCCAGAAGAAAGAGCGGAUUUCUGUUGCAAAGCAGUGGUGGAGUCAGGUUCACCAGCAGGUACAACGCCAGAUGAUAAAGCAGAUGGACAUGAUGGUUCCGUUUUAACAGGAGAUGGAAGUGAGCUGCAGAAUACUGUGCAAUUAGUAGAAUGUGCCAUGCUAGCUGCCACUGCAGGCCUUGCUUACUUUCUUAGUAAUCUUCUUCGACUUGAGGCCUACUUUGGAUGUUUCUUCCCCUUACCUGUGGUUAUAUCUUCUAUGCGUUGGGGAGCUGCAGCAGGCAGAAAGACUAUGGUGGCGACGGCUAUGCUAUUGCUAAUACUAUCAGGACCGUUGAAGGCUGCUUCUUAUUUGUUGAUGCAUGGGUUUGUUGGGCUAGCGAUGGGCGCCUUUUGGAAAUGGAACUUUAAUUGGGGCCUUUCUAUAGUAGGUUGCACAGUGGUUAGAUGUCUGGGAGCAUUGGGAUUUGUUCUUCUAACUUCAUGGCUAUUAAGGGAUAAUAUUCUGGCUUUGAUUACCAUGAAUGCUCAUGCAUCAUUGUCCUACAUGCUAGCAGCAGUUGGGAUCAACUUAGUGCCAACAAUGCCGAUGAUUUAUGUUGUCUUUGCCUCCUUGCUUGUGGUAAACUGCGGCUCCUUUGUUUUUCUUCUCCAUGUCCUGUACGCUAUCUUUCUACGGCGUCUAGGUAUUAGGGGUUCCAUCACCGUUCCAGGGUGGGUAGAACGAGCUAUUUGAUUUAAGUUUCUCUUCAAAUUAUGCCAUGUUUCUUAUCGAUAAUACUACCAACAUUUGAUGAAUCACAAGAUUCAUCAAUUGUUUAUUAUCGAUCUUACGAGGCGUCCUUGUGGACUGCUCGAACCUUUCUCAGAGACUUCAUGUCAGAGGUGGAUCGCAAGUGUAUGUGGUAGUUGGUUGUAGAGAAUGAGAUUGGUUAAGCAAGCUGGAGAAAAUUAUGUUCGGUCCUCUAAAUGCCCUUGCAAAGUGAUGAAAAUCCACUUUGUUUUAGACUGAUUAUUAUCAGUCUCGAAAACAUUUCCCUCUUUGAUAUUAUUUUUUCUACUUCAAAGCCUUUCGAACUAGCUCGUAUACAAAAAAACAAACAGCGUUUGCCAGGAUGCUUCUCGCCAUAGCUGGCCCAAAUCCACAGUAUAACCCUUUCACCCCCCGCGACUUGAUUACCUUCCUGAACGCAUCAAAUGUACUAGUGUACUUAGGAUUUGUGUAGUCAUCCACCUGGAUUACACUCUUGAUCACAUCUGCAGGGUAGACACACAACCAGAACAUAGCCCCUGCAACUGCUCCAGCGAGUAACAGUGAACCUGUGCCUAGAUUGCUUGCGGAGCCCCCUUCUAACUGCUUUGUACCUUGAUAGGAUCCGAAGUAUGCCGCAUUACCAAACACUUCUCUUAGGAAUGUGGGCGUUAGCCCUUUAUAAAACCCUAGAAUACCUCCUUGGCGAAAUAUAUGUUUUGCCACGUCCAGGCACCCACCGUACUUCCUCGGUGAAGGCCUUGGAAUUGCAGGAGCUUCAAGAUCA